AGGCAGGGGGAGAGGAAAAGUUACCAAGUAUCCUGGUCUGGCUCAUCGAACUCACCAAGAAGGAUGAUGGUAGACUGAUGUUUUAAGGGUGCGAUAUAAGAUUUGUGACAAUUGAAAAGAAGGAGAGGAAGAUCAGAAAGGCUGAAGGAGAAGCAGCACACUGAGAGGGAGAUACAUAAAGAGAGAGAGGGAGGGAGAGAGAGAGAGAGAGAGAGAGAGAGAGAGAGACAGCAAAGAGGCGUUUAGAGAGUGAGAAGUAGUAGAGGUAGGAAUAGGAUGAAGGCAGAGAAGGCUGAGCAGUAGAGAGCAGGAAGAGACUCACAGUGUCAAAACUGGAUAUUCCUGUGUGCCUGCUGCUGCCUGAUCCAAUGAGAACAACUCUCAGAUACGAGCUACAUAAAGGCAACUAGCAAGGUGAGUGGUGCUUCAGUGCAAGAGCAGCGACAGCAAUCCAAUAGUGAUGCUGUGUAUUUGCCUUCCCCUCUGUGUGCACCCCUCAUUUUCUCGUGAGGCCCAUGUGACCUAGCCUACACUGACGCACAGGGGGCCCCCACUGCUGCUGGAGCCCACCCAUGAAUCCAAGCCCUGAUCGCAGCAAAGAGCGCCUCCCUCCUAAAAAGAGGGAGUCUCGACAAGGAUCUGCAGAACACCAAGUUCCUCUGGAUGACUUUAAGCCACCUGUGCCCUUCAGGAGCCGGCAUAGCACUAAUAGAGGGGAGGGAGGCAGGGAAACCAGUGACCGGGACAGAGUUCUGUCUAACCCAAACCCCCAUGUCCUUCACAGCCCUCCUGCACCAGGCCUCCAUGUUCCAUUACCAUGGCCACUGAACUACUCUUCAACCAUUUCUCUUCCGCUUUUCCCAGGUCAGGUCAGCGACAGAAGGACCUCAGGGUCUCCUGCCUGGAGAGAUGAUCCACUCACACCACCUUUGCCCCAUCAUUCCAGGUGGGUCAGAGGGGAGGGAACCUUGUCUAUGCCCCCAUCUUCUUCCUCAUUUAAGACCCCUUUUCCAGCUACUACAAGAGAGAUGUGGUCCUACAUUAAUACUGGUCGUCGGGAUUAUAGCCCCUCUCUCUUUUCCCCUUCAUAUCUGUUUAACCCUCAUUCUUUGUAUCCCCAAGACCCCAGCUUAGUUGAGGCAAGAACUAGGUGCAUAAGCAAGAGGCCAAAUGGUUUGGAUGGGCCAGGCAGCAGGACUGCCUCAUCUUCCAGACCUCUGCUCACUGGAGAGUAUGGGAAUAAUAGCAGCAGAUCUAGGAUGGAGGUCAGUCCUUAUACCUUGCAUGCAAAUGGAGGACGUAGACAACUGGAGGAACUAUCCUCCCCUGUUCAUUCUUCAGGAGUGUUUUUGUCAGACUCUCAACCACAAACAAGCCCAGAUCCACAUUCCUCACUGCAGGAAACACAUCAGUCUGGGAAGACCAGCUCCACAUCACUCCCUACUAGUCCACACAGCCUUGGACCAGACCCAAGGGCAGGAAGAGGUGGGCUCCUGGACCAUAUGGGAGCUACACCUACUGAGACACAAAUAUAUUACUCCUUAGGAACAGUCAACAAUCCAAGCCUUUAUACCAAGACCUACCCCCUCUCUAGCUCCUCAGGAACACUUUCAUACAGUCUGCAUAGCGAGCCUGGUCCUAGUCAGCACACCCUAAGAAAUUCACCACAGUCACCCCUGAGUCUGCCUAACAGCCAUGACAGGCCGCAAAGAGAUUGGGUCAGAGACCCUGAAAGAGACAAGGUGGUCCAGAGGGACAGGGGUAAAGUAAAAGAAAAACCAUUACAACACCACAAAGACCAAGAAAGAGACAUUGAGCAUGAAAGUCGAUGUAACAGAGACAGAGGGAGAUAUUUUUCUCCUUCCACUCCUCAGACUUUGUCUCCAGCUCCUCAUCAAUCUCCCUCUGCACUCCUACCUCAUUUUACCAAGGGGUCUCUUAUUGAACUGGCCAGUGGGCGGUUAAAACGCAUUGAGGAGCUGAGGACUGAAGACUUUCUGAAGAGUGCUGAUACAUCCCCAGAGUUCCACCUCAGUACCUGCACUGUUCUUGUGAUUUCUCCCAGCAGUACACAGGGUUUCAGUCACCUUCAGGUUCACCUCACUGAUCGCAACUCUCAGGAGUUACUGCAGGUCUUGGUGGAGUACCCCUUCUUUGUGCGAGACCAGGGUUGGUCAUCCUGUUCUCCUCAGAGAACUGCACAGCUGUAUGGCCUGCCCUGCCGUCAGCUUAGUGAGGGUGAUGUUUGCCUGGCACUAACUCCAAUGCCCACCCAAACUCAGCGAACACCCAGUCGUACUAGCUCUAGGGCCCAUCGCACACAACUUCUCCCAAGAGAGUCAAGCAGCUUGCGCAGGGAAGAGAUGCCACCCCCACCACCACCUCCUCCUCUUCCUUCCCAGCCACCCCUUUCAACACCAGGCCCUUCUUGCCAACAGGCUGCAGACAAUCCUGCUAAGGAGCAGCAACGGCCUCGUAAGCGUCGUUGGUCUGCACCGGACACACUUUCCUCAGCCAGAACUGAUAAAAGCCUCCUGGAUUUACCUCAUGGCUCUAAGUUAAUGAAGUGGCAGUAGAAACUUGCACAUGGACACACUUAUAAACAUACACAAGCAUAUACACACCCUCCUAGUCUCUGUUGCACCCAUCAAGACAAACAAUGGAGAGACCUCAAGGCAGGGUUGCAGGGAAGGUAUGCACAAGAAAAGAAGACACAAACACAAGUGAUUCGUCAAGUCCAUCAAUCUGUAGCCACUGUUGGCCCUUCUCAUUUAUUUCCCUUUCCUUAUCAAAUUUAUUUCUUCUCUUUUCUCCCCCUUUAAUUCCCAUUUCCUAAGAAGACUAGCAGUGUGCAGGUCAAUAAUAUUCUUUACCAUUUGGUACCUUGUAGUGUUGGCAAUUUUCUAUUUAAUUUGCAUAAAAUUAUACUUUAAAGUGGCCAUCUAUCAGUUUGCAAAAACAAAACAUCCUUUUUAUCACCGUUUUAAAAUAAUACCCAAUUUUACCCAAGGUAUUCCCAAAGGGACUGUAUUUGAAUGACUCAAAUAAACAAUAUUUGUAAGCAGUAGGUCACCUAAAGGCAUUUAAGCUUGUCAAAAGGACAUAAUCUAUGAUUUUGUUUUUUCAAACUGACCUAAUGGCAGUUGAGGAAAUAAAUAAACCCAGAGCCUAUCACUUAACUUUCAGGUACUAGGCAGAUUUACAUAAGAAUUUGCCAUUUUUAGCAUAUCUCCAUAAUUGCCCAAAAACGUACCGUAUAACCAAUAAAAUAAAUGGCCAUGGCAUUAGAUAAGUUCAUAAGAAAGUAUGAACUUUUUUUUUUCAAGAUUUACAAACCAGAAGCAGAAAUGGAUGAAAUAAUGUGUAGGCUCUAAAUUAGUGUAUGAAUUGGUGACGGGUUAAACUGACUCAGAGAUGGAGCAGGAGCUAAAAGAUAACUCAAUGACUGUACAAAGACACUGAAGACAUUUAAUGAGACAAUCAAGCACCUGUCUGUGUUCACUCUGUUUUUGUUAUGGUUGUCCAACGCAGCAACUCAAUGAAAGUAACUACUGCAGGGUAUUUACAAUCAGUGUUAUGAAAGCAAACGUUAUUGAGGAAUUGCAGAUAUAUAUCUAUAUAGAUAUAUAUCUAUAUAUAUAUAUAUAAACAUUACAGAUGUUAUAUACAGUAAUUAUGCUAAAAAGAUUUAAUGCAAUUUCUGUCAAUCUUGCAAUGCAGUUUUUUUAUUAUCUAGUGUUUUUGUUUCUUGCUUCUGAGCCGAUGUCUUCACACCGGCCUGGGCAGGCAAGGUGAAUGUAUGAGCAAAUCUUCGCCUUUUUUUCUAAUUCUCCUCACUGGGAGUCAUUUUAAAUGGUUGUUCAUUAAAGCAUUACUGUCCAAUAUGUUCUUAACAUUAUCUCUGAGAAAGGGAGAACACUAAUGAAAACUGCGUAACAGACAAUCCCACCCACACAGACAGGUCUGUGCCACAAAGCCUCGACACUCAUGGUGUUUUUCCAUUAAAUUCUGAAUGAUGGAAGGAGUAAAAAAGGUGCAGAAUGGCUGAAGAGUAAUGGUGCUAAUAACACGUUGGAACAUGAUGCUUUGUGAAUGCUCUUGACCCCUUUGUGUACUGUACGCUUCCGUCUCAUUUUUUUAAUGUACUGUAUAUGUUCAAAGGCAGGGAAAAAUGAUGAAAGUAUUUUAAACUCAGAUACGGGUAAAUCAUCUGAUUCAGCACUCUCUUUCACUUUAGUUAGUUUUCUUUUUUAUUUUAAAAGAGAAAAAUAUGACUUGUUAUUUUAUUUUAUUUUUAAAUGUUACAGCUACAAAAAUGUAUAUUUUUAAAAAAUUGUGGAUCUGUUAUAUAUGAUGUU